AGUGCUGCCACUCAGCCUUGAGCUAGGUAUCUGGGAUAGCCCUGAUCCAGGUACAUUGCACUGGGUUAGGUACCGUCCCUUACGAAGUAGAUACUUAACCUACCUUAUGUACCUAGAUACUUACAAACCCCUCCAAAGACCAUCCUCGGCUCUGAAGUAAGGAGGAGCUUAUCUAAUGCGUUCUGGCCAUUGACCAACAUCUCAUCGCUGUCUGGACACCUAUAAAUCAUAAAGUCGCUGGAGAGGCAAAGGAUCGAUUAGCAGAAAGAUUGCAAGAGGAAAACUCGUUCAGACGGACAGAACGAAAUGCCUCCCCGAGCUCUCUUCUGCGCUGCUCUUCGGCCCCGAACCGUGAUGCCGCCUGUACGUUUUCGUGCAUUUCUGGUACGGUCCUCUUUUGCGACGCAAGUGAAUCCCUCAGUCACCCCUACACAACAGAAGUUCAGUUCUGAGGCUCUACCACCGCCUCGAUGGGUCUCGGACGUCCGCGCGAGAGUUGGGAAGUGUAUAAGUUUCGGCUGUGACCCGGCGCAGGUCCAGCGCGCAGCUAUGAUCAUGGGCACGUUGGCGAGGGAAUGGCGUAUUCUCAGCGCCGGGAGCGAGGGCUUUUUAACCGGAAGUCGGGGAGGAUUAGAGAACCAACAGGUCGUUUGGGGAGAGAUGGAUAGCUUUAGUCAUGUCAACAACGCAAACUAUAUACGAUAUGCCGAGUCUGCACGCGUGAACUGGAUUUUGCACUUCGCGGUAGAGGAUCCUAAGCAUAAGGAGGCGUGGAAAGAUUUAAUGCAGCCGAAAAGUAUCGGCUUGAUAAUGAAGUCAAUUACGGCCGAUUACAAAUUUCCAAUGACGACUCCAGACCGGAUAUCAGCUUACCAUAGGCUCCGGAUAUGUCCAGAGGAAACUCACACAUCAUUGAUCCUUGACUGUAUCAUACUUUCACAUAGACACCGUCGCAUCGCAGCACGCACAUUUGAAGACGUGGCUAUAUAUGACUACCGAGAAGCCAAGAAAACGGUGCUCCCCGACUUUAUGCUUGGUGUUCUUCGGGAUACCUGGCGAAAGCAAGAGGAACGGGCGACCUGGGCAAGAGAAAGAAUACGGGGCAUACUCAACGAAGUAGAGUCCUUGGAGAAAGAGACGUGGAAUCGCGAAGACGCCGUUGAGGAUCUCGGCGUCGCUAAGAAAUGAAGAUAAGAUAUAUAUCAUUUAGAUCAACUCAGUCAUAGUAUUGAGCAGCAGCACAUCAUCUAGCAUUACAGACCGAUCUUGGGGGGCUUGAUAUACAAUUGUAGCAUAAUAGUCCCUCAAGACAUAAACGCCCCUAGGCGAUUCCAAGGCGAUUCAUAGUAUGUACCCAUGGUUAAAUAAACAAUGUAAUGGAAAGCAUAUAGCACGACUUUAAGGACUAAGCUGCUUACCUAUACCUCGUCUCGAAGUAUAUCCGUCAUUCUCCAGGGAAAUAAAAGAAUAGAAUUGCAAAGUGCCCGUCACAUGGGACUUCUCA